AUGCAGCUAUACGGUGUAGCGGCUGCGUGCUUAGAUGGCGCCAACGUACUGGACGAAGUAUUGCCCGGAAGAAGCUGCGGCACCUUCAUACGACUCAAUGUGGAAGCAAAGGAUAGCUACUACUUGCUGCUGUCGGGGAGCGGUUCCAGCUUUGCAGUUCUGGAUACUCGCACAAUCGAUACGUUGGUUGCAGCGAGGCAUCUCCCGCUGCGUUUUGAAGCAGUAGUUGAUAUCAGCUCAAUUCCCAAGCGACAGAAGACACAGAAGCGCCGUUCCCAGCAGUUUGGCUUAUCUCUCAAUAUCUAUGGUCCUAAAAUAAUGGCGGACGAAGUAUCUACUUUGCUGUCAGCGGCUCCGUCAGCGUAUCUUCAACACCCCAAGGCAUUAGCUCCGGACAUUGAAUACUUCAACCCACAAUUUCUCAGGUUCGCCGACGACCACUCGGAUAUGCAGAAAUAUGUUGGAAUUACCAAUAGCUCGCCAUGGUCCGACCGAAGGCAAAUGUCGGACGAGAUCAAUGACAUCCUGAACUCCCUGGCGGAAGUUGGCGCGGAGAGUGAUUUCCAGGUGCAACCUUGCGAGAAAUCAACAUUGAAGAAUCAUCAGGUUGACGGCGUGCGAUUCAUCUUACAGCGGGAAAAUGGUCAAGCCAGCUGGAGCCAGGUUUUGAUAGACAAGGUUCGAAUCGGCGCUUCGAUCAGUCCAAGGAGCGAUUGUCGUCCUCAAGAGUAUUAUGGGGGGCUGAUUGCGGAUGUCAUGGGACUUGGCAAGACUCUUACCAUGCUUACCGCUGUUGUCCACUCCCUGCCCGAAGCAGAGGAAUAUGGGAAUUUUUGCAAGGUCGGAGAUGCCAAUCGAGGCGACAAAUUGCCCACAAAGUCAACCUUGGUGGUUGUGCCAUCGACUCAGCUUCUGGAGAGUUGGCGGUCAGAGAUUACUGAACAUUUUAUCCCGGGAACAUUGAAUACUGUCAUUUUCCAUGGCCAACAUCGACCCCAAGACCCAGCUUCACUCAGAACAGCGGACGUAACCCUCACAACGUAUGCUACACUCGUAGCAGAUUUUAAUGCUGGCGGUAUCUUGUAUAGAAUGCUGUGGUAUCGUAUAGUCCUUGACGAAGCCCACUGGAUCAGGAACUCUGGGACUAAACAAUAUCGUGCCGUUGACGGACUAUCAUCAAGAAACCGCUGGUGUCUAACAGGCACUCCUAUACAAAACAAGAUAGAUGAUAUCGCAUCGCUUGCUGGAUUCCUUCGACUUUCGCCAUUUUUAACGAAGGCCGAGUUCCAGAAGCACAUCCUGGCUCCUCUCUCCCAAGGUGGUCCAGACUUUGCAAAGCCUCUUCGAGGUUAUCUCGAGGCUUAUUGUCUGAGAAGGACCGAGAAACGGCUAAAUUUACCCAGAUCUUUCGAAAGAAUUGUGCAACUGGACAUCUCACCAGAAGAAAGGUCCCUCUACGACGAUAUCCUGACUAAACUUAGGCGAGAGGUCGAUGAUCUCGUCAGCACAGGGCAUGAACUCAGAAGGUACAACAAAUUGUUUACGGCAAUCUUAAAGCUGCGCAUGCUUUGCAACCUCGGGACUUUCUCCAUCGAUCAGCGCGCUGCCAGUCUUCCUGGCCAGAAGGAACAUGAUGUAAGCUGCGAGCGCUGUUCGGCAAGUGACGAGGAUAUCACUCUGCUGUUGAGAUCGUUCUCGUUUUGUCCUGACUGCGGGCAACCACUGGACUUUUCUAGCUCUUCAGGCUCCUAUCCUUCUCCUUCCAAUUCCGGGAUGGACUCUGACAAGCAGUCGACGGAUAUGCUUCGGCCACAUCCAGCUAAUCCUAAACUCCGGCGAGACGGCUCUAUGACCCCCUCACAGCAACACUUCUCUACUAAGCUCUCUGCUGUGGUACAGAAUAUUUCGGAAUCUAAUCUAGGGAUUAAACACAUCGUAUUCUCUUACUGGAUAUCGACGCAUAAUCAACUAGCUCAGCUUCUCAGGCAGCAAAACAUCACCUACGUCCGAGUAGACGGCGAGACAAGCUAUUCUGAUAGAUCGAAGAACCUGAAAGCUUUCAGAGAAGAACCACAAGUAACCGUACUCCUCAUGUCGAUCGAGACAGGAGCCCUCGGACUCAACCUGACAGCGGCCAGCAGCGUUCAUAUUGUCGAGCCGCAGUGGAAUCCGUCGGUGGAGGAGCAAGCCGUCGCGCGAGCACUUCGUAUGGGCCAGACGAAGGAAGUCACUAUUUUCCGCUACAUAAUCAACGGAACAGUGGAACAGAAUAUGCUCAGUCUGCAGCAGAGAAAGAAGGGCCUGGCAAAAUUUGUCUUUGACACAAGCCAGAACAAUGAAGUGAGCGAAAGGUUGGAGGUAAGAACCUGCAUGUGA